AAACUAGUUGCACCCAUGACUAGAUGUGAGCAAAAAUAGCUCCUAAUAUAAUUACAUUAUCUGGGAGUGAAGUGACAGUAGCCGUCUGGAUUGCCCAUGAAAGGUUGUAUGUGGAAGUGAUAAAUCAUCACUUCAGUGGUAUCUUACAGGGAGAAGUUAAAGUUCUCAAAUCCAUGGAAAAGGGCAACGGGAGGUCACCGCAUGUAACUAGCAUUUAUGUAGGGGGUUCAGCGAGAUUCAGCCUGAACAGUCUACCAAGGGGUGUGGCUGGAAAGCAGUAAAUCACCGCUUGAGUGCGGGCUUGUGCGUCUCUCAGAACUGUGUCUGCAGCUGCUGAGCUGUUGCACGCAGUAUACAGAGCUCUAGGCUGCUCAAUUAGAACUUCAAAAGACUAGAAGAAUUCUCUUCAAUCGACGUGGUUCUGGUUUAGCUGUGAGAUCUGACUGAGAGCUGCCAGUGUCUGUCUGUCUGUCUGCCUGCCUGCCUUCCCGAACCGAUCUGGCUCCGAAAUGAAGGAUAUGCUGCACUGAUCUGAAAGUGUGCGAGGCGCUUCAGAGAGAGCUGAGAAUGAUAGCUGCUGGAAAACUUGCAAGUCUCCCCAGAAACAUGCAGGUGAACCAUCAGUUCUCACUGGCUUCUUCUAUGGAUCUUUUGAGCAGCAAACCUCCUCUGGCUGAGCAUCGCUUCGACUCCUAUCAAGAUGUUUCUAUCCAUGGCACUCUCCCAAGGAAGAAAAAGGGGGCCGUUCCCAUUAGAUCUUGUGAUAUGUUUAGCCAUAUGGGAACCCUGCCAUUCUCCAGAACACAUAGGCAGCAGUCACCUUUGAUUCAAGAUGUCAUAGAGGAGUAUCCCCUGCAAGACAGGAAGAGUGAGAAACUCCACUUCAGAGGUCAGAAUAUCCUGGAUCCAGCUAUGGAAUAUGUGAAGGACAAAGGACUUGCACUAGCAAGAAAAGCGGAGUGGGAGCUGAAGGCGGGAUCAAAGCAACCAUAUUAUGCACCUGCAGCAGCCAGUCCCAUUGAGGAGUUGGAGGCCCGGCAUUGCUGUCUCCUUCAGCCCCAGAGACAGUUUUCUAAGGAGAGGCAGGUUAUGGAUAACACCCCGGAAAAACUGAAGAAAGAGUUAGAGGAAGAGCUGCUGUUGAGCAGCGAAGACUUACGUAGCCAUGCUUGGUACCAUGGACGCAUUCCUCGGCAGGUGGCAGAAAGCCUAGUUCAGAGAGAUGGAGAUUUCCUGAUUAGGGAUUCUCUCUCCAGUCCUGGAAACUUUGUUCUUACCUGUCAGUGGAAAAACAUCUCUCAACAUUUCAAAAUCCACAGAACAGUCCUCAGACUCAAUGAAGCCUACUGCCGCGUUCAGUAUCAGUUCGAACUUGAAAGUUUCGACAGCAUCCCUGGGUUAGUGAGAUGUUAUGUGGGGAAUCGCAGGCCAAUAUCAAAGCAGAGUGGAGCAAUUAUUUUUCAGCCUGUCAACAGGACCGUGCCACUGAGGUGUCUAGAGGAAAAGUACGGAGUAUCUCCAGCUCGACAAAGAGAAUGCAAUAUCACUGAAGGAAAAACAGAGACUGCAAAAAGGCUGAGCCUCAGUAUAUAUGGCGUGCAGUCCCAGGAGCACAGCUUAACCAAAGGAAAUCUUUUAAGAAACAAAGAAAAAAGUGGUAGCCAGCCAGCUAGUUUGGAUCACGUCCAGGAGAAAAGAUUCCCCCUAAAGGCUCACCAGUCAGAAAGCUACCUGCCAAUAGGUUCGAGGCAUCCAUCUCAGCUACCUGAAGUAGAUACAAGCCCGUGUUCAAAUUCCCCUGCAUUUAGAACAGGCAGUGAACCUACUCUAAGCCCCACAGUAGUUCAGAGGGUCGCUUCCGAGUCGCCAGUAGGAGAAGCUCUUAGAGGAUCAGACAGCCAGCUCUAUCCCAAGCCUCCACCUAAACCCAACAAAGUGCCCUUGCUGAGGCAACCUCAGUCUCCUUUAGCUUGUCACAGUUCAGAGACACACUACUGUGAAUUAAACCCUGCCACUUCCAUAGACUGUGGAGCAAUACAGCAAUCUCUGUCUCCGAAAAGCAGCUACGUGGAGCAUCUGAUAGCUAAAGAGAAUGGAUUGCUCUCAUUCAGGAACUCUGAAACAAGUUCUCUGAUCCAUGAAGAUGAUGCCUUACAGAGCUCAAUGGAUCCAUUAGCAGCUUGGACUGAGAUGACUGAAGAGGGCAGCAUGUUUGUAGCACCUGUUCUUGAGACAGUCUCCAGUUUUAAACCAAAUGAUUUUGAAUCCAAACUCCUCCCUCCUGAAAACAAGCCACUGGAAACACCAAUGUUAAAAAGAGUUAAGGAGCUAUUCACCAACAGUAAUCCAAAGAUUAUUGCCCGGCAUAUGCUUAGAAUGGACUGCAAGGUUGCUAGGAUACUAGAGGUCUCUGAAGAGAUGAGGAGGAGGAUGGGAGUGAGAUCAGGUUUGGAGCUCAUUACAUUGCCCUAUGGACACCAACUGCGCUUGGACAUAAUUGAAAGACACAACACCAUGGCAAUCGGAAUAGCUGUGGAUAUUUUGGGCUGCACAGGAAACGUAGACGAGAGGGCUGCAACGUUAAACAGGAUCAUCCAGGUAGCAGUGGAAUUAAAGGACCCCCUGGGGGAUUUGUACGCAUUCUCUGCUGUCAUGAAAGCACUUGAAAUGCCACAGAUCGCAAGGUUAGAACAAACAUGGAUCACUUUACGGCGCCACUACACCCAAACUGCCAUUACAUAUGAAAAGCAGUUGAAGCCAUUCAGCAAAGCUCUGCAUGAAGGAAGAGAGACCAUCAGUGCUCCACAAAAUAACAUAACUGUGCCCCUGCUGAUGCCCUGGGUUACCUUGAUGGAGCGAGAGGUUGUCAUUUUUGAUGGGAUGGACCUGUGGGAAAACACCGACCAAAGUUGUGAAAUAAUGCUCAAGCAUUUAGCCACAGCCCGUUUUAUAGCACAAAAUGCUGACAUGUACAGAAUGACUGCGGAGAGGAUACUGGAAGGUUUUCAGCCAGAUGAUGAGAUGACUGAGAUCUUCAAGACAGAAUUUCAAAUGAGAUUGUUAUGGGGCAGCAAAGGAGCACAAGUUAAUCAGAGAGAGCGAUACGAGAAAUUCAACCAGAUUUUAACUGCACUCUCCCGAAAAUUAGAACCUCCUCCAGUGAAACACGUAGAGCAAUGAAAUAUCAAAUGGACUGUUAAGAUAUGAUUACUUCAAGAUUGCCAUUUAAUAUAAUUAAAAGAAAUUGCCAAUUUGUCACUGUACAAGCCUCUAGCAUUCACAAGAUCUUUAGGACUUGUAAAUUGCACAAUGCACAUUUAUGAAUUGUUUUAAAACUACUGAUUUCUAAAUGAAUUUAUUUAUUAAUAUGUAGCCAUGUCAUUUUAAUAAUUUCUUGAACAGUCAAAUUUAAGAUAGUCUGCAUAAUGUAUUCUUGUGAUUUACGAAAGUGUCUAUUGAUGUCGUCUAGUCAUUACUAUUGGUGUUUUAAUAUCAGUAAUGAGUGUACUGUAAAAAAAAAAGUAUUUUAGAAAAUCAGUUGUAUGAUAUUCCUUAAAUGAAUAUGAACCUGUACAUAGUUGUGAAUUAAAAUAUCUUUAUGUGAAAUAUUAUACAGU